UACACGUGUUUUAUUUUAGCGCAGUUAGCUGGCAGGCUAAUGUAGCCACACUGCUAAUAAAAUAACGGAAACAUCAGAGAGCUUCAGGUGCAUCAAUAAAUAAACUUAUAAUCCACUGUUAAUGAAUUAAACUCAUUAUAUCAUCUAUUAACUGCACUAUUGUCAGGUGCAGAUCUCCAGCAUGGCUCUGUGUUGUCGGAGCAAGGUUAUGGUGCAGGUUCUGGAGCGGGUGGUGUUAGCUCCGCCCCCCAUGUCCAGUCAGUGUGUGUGGCGUUCUUUCUCCUCUUCUACACGUGUGUUCUCUGAGUGGACGCGGUCCUCGGUGGGUGGAUUGAGGGUGGAGCAGACGUCUCGCUCCUCAGGGAGAACAUGCAGGAACCUCUCUGCUACCGCCACCAACUUCCUGAACCAGCUCCGCCCCCUGAGCCGCUACGACCCGCUGGACCUGGGGGAGGUGGAGGAGAACACGCGCAAGGCCCUCACCUGCAAACACCUGCGACGCUUCAUCAUCGACCCCGAGCUCGCUCGCAUCGUCACCGAGCACCUCGCCCCCGACAUCGACGAGGGCAAGGCCACCAUCUUCGAGUGUAACCCAGGACCAGGUGUGUUAACUCGCUCUCUGCUGAAUUGUGGAGCUCACAGAGUGGUGGCGCUAGAGAGUGAUAAAUCCUUCCUCCCUGAGCUGCAGGAGUUGGAGCUGAAGCUGGAUGGACAGUUGCAGGUGGUCCACUGUGAUUUUUUUAAGCUGGACCCGAUCGGUCAGGGCAGCAUGAAGCCUCCAGCCAUGUUCUCUGAAAAACUCUUCACCCAUCUGGGGAUCUCUGAGGUGCCGUGGACAGCAGAUGUGCCGGUGAAGGUGGUGGGGAUUUUCUCUCAGAGGAACGAGAGGAACAUGCUGUGGAAGCUCAUCUAUGCUCUGUACGAGCGUCUGUCUGUGUUCCGCUACGGCCGAGUGGAACUCAUCAUGUUUAUCAGUGAGAGAGAGUACACCAAGCUGGCAGCGAGACCUGGAGAUUACAGGAACUAUCAGGCUCUAAGUGCUCUGUGGCAGAUGGCAUGUGAUAUCGAGCUUCUUCACCAGGAGCCAUGGUCGUCUUUUGUUACGGCGUCUAAGCACGGAGGUCCAUCGAUCCCCAGGAGCACGCAUGUACCUAAUGAUCACCUGUGCUUGUUGAGGAUCACACCUCGUGAAGAUUUCUUCUCCUCCUCCAUCACUCCCUUUAACAGCAGCACACUGGUGAUGAUGGUCAAACAGUGUCUCACUAAACGUCGCUGCAGACUCAUCGACAAGCUCAAUUCCUGGAGCGCGGGCAGCGGCACACACGUCCUGAUGCAGAUGGGACUGUUUGAGGACGUGAUGACGGGACAGAUUUCCCCGAGCGAAUAUAAAAUCCUGUUCGAGCUGAUGGAGAAAUCAGAGGAGUUCACACACAGCUGGCUUUACGAUGAGAUCCUGGAAAACACCAAAAACACAGGCUGUGGAUAACAAACACACACACACACACACACACACACACACACACACACACACACACAGGUAAAACAAUAUAAAGAUUUUAUGGUGUAAUGUUACUUUACCAUGGGCGUAUUUAUUUACCUUGUGAGUAAUUAUAAUAUAAUCAUGAAGCAAUAAUAAUAAAAAUAUCAAUUAUAAUUGAGUUUUAAAGCAUCAAUUAUGUUUAAUCUCAUUUUUACAGAGUAAAGCAGCACUGAAUUGUUGUAUGUGUACAUUAUUGUGAAAGCCUUCAGUAAAUACAGAGGUCUUUAGCUUUAUCACAUUACUUCAGGGGCUACAAGGCUAACAGCUAAUGGAGAUCUGAAAAUGUUUUUGCUAUUUUCCAUUAUGAAUGUUUAUGUAAAUUAUGUGGAUAUGAACUUCUAAUAAAAUUAAAAUAAAGAGUU